UAUCUAGGUCAUCUUGCUAAUAAACAUACUUCCAAUGUCAGCUUGUCGAAUCUUUCGCUCUCCAUUCUUUCACUCCCUCCGUCACUCCGCCUCGACGGUCGCAGUGCGCCCUGAGUUUCUCACGUCUUCCUCCUCCUUGUAUGUCAAUCCACGCCAGCACGUCCUAGGCACCGACUGCAUUACGCAGACCAUUCCCGGCUCGGCCAUAGCAGGCAUCAGUGAUGAAAAAGUACUAGCACUUUUCACCGGUGGCUUUUUUGGUGGCUUCGUGUUUGCAUUCGAGUGGCUACUUCUGACGGCCGGAGGGGGUAGGAUUUUACCAGUGGAAUUUACAGGUUUUCCAAGAGAUACCUACACAACCCAUGCCAUAUGGAGGCAUCCAGAUCUCUCCGACUAUCAUCUCCACCCCGUCGGCACCUGCUUGGUUGGCUCUUUCAUGAUUCUUGAUCAGCAUAUUGCAUCCGAAUCUGAGAUGGACAACACUGGCCAAAGUGCCAGCUGGGUAGACUACGGCUUCGGUUCGGAUAAAUCCUCAUUCGCAGGUUGCCACCGAAUCCAAAUUACUCGGAUCGCAGAAAAAAGGAGACGAGAUAGCUUCAAGCCCGACACAGCCAUGGAAGACCAGGUUCAAAUUGAGCUCCAGUCUUUUCAAUGUAAUCCCCAGAAAGAUGUGAUCUUCGGGCCGGAGAUAUUCAGACAAUUCCAUUACCUGUAUGCGAAAAUGCUGUUCGCCAACGGAAUGCAAUCUAUCCUAUCACGGCAGGCCUAAUCUCUACCCUUAAGGCUGGCCAGAUGAAAGAGUCAGACUAAUUUGUGGGGUGUGUGAAUUUGGUCUUUUUGUACAAUACUGUCAGAUACCAUGAACUAAUGUAUUUUCCUUUACCUCUC